CCCCGGCCGUCGUCGAAUGCGAUUUAUCCUGCCGACGACUGGAAACCCGACGUUCCCUCGACCACUUCCCAUCCGCACAUCCCAUCUUGCCGAGCAAGAUACGAACGUCAAAUCUUCAGCGCCAGAACUACCUAGGUAUCCUUCAUCAUCUGCUGUGCUAGAUCCACGCCGCGGCGCAAUAUUCCCGUCGCCUCUUCUCCACCUGCAGAUUGCGACUCGAGCCCUGUUUUUUUUUUUUCUUUCAGCAGUUCAGGCCAUAGAGGUAUACAAUCACGAUUUCUCGGCGCCCAGCCUCUGAAGCUCAGGGCCUUCAGAACACCUUCACGCCCUACUUUGCUACCUACCUAUCUUGACAUCAUACCUCCUGUCUCAAACCUCAAGAGCGAUCGCAUCGCGUGCUGGGAAAGUGAUCGCGAAUCUUCCGAAGGAAAGCUAUUGGGGUAGAUCGGAGAGGGGCUAUUGUGAGGGCAAUUGAACGACACACCUUGGACACACACUGGAUUUUGGCAAUAGGGCCACAUUUGCGACAUCAAUCCCGACGACAGUGGACAGCGAACCUCGACCACAACCACGAUCACGGCGCUGUACGCGCGCCAGAUGCGACACCGGAGAGACCAAACCUUAUGGCGAUUGAGGCAUAGACAGCAGGAGGCAGAAGGAUUGCCAAAGCGCAUUCCCAGCGGUCUUUUGCCGUCACUUGCGACCGAUUUAGCAUGGAACCACGACAGCUCUUCAGCGACCCGACGGCCGAUCCGAUAUCUACCGCCGGGGCCGCCAGCAAUGCUCUCAGCUGCGCUUCUUUCAACCUCCCCGAAGGAGGCAUUCUCCAACUCCCCAAUGGCGAGAUCAUUACGCUUAGCGCUCCGGCCGCCUUCAAACCGCCAUCAUGCAAUCUCGCCCUUCGUUCCGUUCCCAACAUUAUUGCUUCUGGCGGAGUCGUAGGGGGGACUGCAAGUGGCACCAUGGGACUGAAAGCAGAUGACGACUCCCACUUUUCGGACUGGCGUGAUCCGUUCUAUGCGUCGACGUUUCCGCAAUGCUACGCUCUUGCGGCGACGACCAUUAUCGCAUACACUUUGGUUAUCAUGCUCUUCAUCACGCCGAGGUCAUUUCUUGAUGGCGGAGUGGUUGUUCUGGGACGCAAAGGGUUCACAAAUGGCGGCGGCGGCACCAGCAUCGGAGGGCGUCCUUGGUUGCAGAAAGUUGCAGCUCUCUCGGUCGCCAUUUCACUGACCAUCGCCAACGCAGCCACGUUUCGCGCCGCCGAGCAACAGUAUUCCUGGGGGGUUCAAAACGCCAAACAACUACAAGAAGAUGUUCUUGGUGGGGCCGAACUCAAAAUUAUCCGCAUUAUAUCCGACACCUUUCUAUGGCUCGCCCAAGCGCAAACUCUGAUUCGUCUGUUUCCGCGCCAGAGAGAAAAGGUGAUUAUCAAAUGGACGGCUUUUGCGCUCAUCACGUUGGACGUCAUUUUCCAAUCACUCAACAGCUUCAAAUAUGGUGGUUCCGACCUUACACGGCCCAAGUUCACCGAGGCUGUGCCGGCCCUUAGUUAUCUGUUCGCCCUCGCCCUGGGGGUUCUCUAUGCUGCUUGGGUGUUAUACUACUCAAUUAUGAAGAAGCGGUACGCGUUUUACCACCCCUUGAUGAAGAAUAUGAUCCUCGUGGCUGUCCUGUCCGUGGUCUCCAUUCUCGUUCCUGUUGUGUUCUUCAUCCUCGAUAUAUCGAAACCUGACUUCGCGGGCUGGGGAGACUAUGUCAGAUGGGUGGGGGCUGCUGCUGCUAGUGUCAUUGUCUGGGAAUGGGUAGAGAGAAUCGAAGCAUUGGAAAGGGAAGAAAAGAAGGAUGGAAUAUUGGGAAGAGAAGUGUUCGAUGGAGACGAGAUGCUCGAGGCAUCACAAUCGGAACAUGCCUGGCCAAAGAUGAAGAGAAAGGGUUCGGGCGGUUCGGACUCGCAGGAUACGGAAAGUGGUGGAGGUGGCAAAGACGGCGGGCCAAGCCUGUCGAGGUUUGGUGCUUGGUCGAAGAUUAGCACCUUGACGUCAAAGCACCGUACCGAGCCCAGCUCUAGAAACGAGCCUAACGAGGGGAGCUCGCCGGUGGCGGAAACUACAAAUGACGACGAGAGGCCACGGUUCUUAUCACCGCCGUUAUGGCCCGCACGACCAACUCCGGCAGCUACGCCAGUGAGCCGGACGGACACCACUAGCGCCGCGAGCACCAUGUACGCCGUCAGGUACCAUACCAUGACAGAGCUGACAUCGUAUGGUACGCCACCACCGACACGCAAUAUGGGGCGCUUGUCGGGGAGCGAGAGUCGUGGUUCCAGUCGACAUAGAGACUAUGGGAGCGCGAGUCCCGGCUCAGCGCCUGCUCAGGAUGCUCGCUCAACACAAAACUCCCAUGUGGGGGCAAAAGCCUCAUCAGCAGGAAGCAGAUGGCACGCACUUACACCAACAGUUUCGAGCAGGGAUUUCGUAACGCGUUCGGAGCCACGAAGCAGCAAGAUGCAGCGCGACGAGAAUUCGCGAUGGGAUCUCCGCGCUAGAGUUGAGGAGUUCGCAGCAACCCAAGCUGAGAAUCUACGCGAGAAGUUCCGCCCAACUCUGGAUACCAACAACUUGCCCGUCACCGUUAUCCCCGCGCCACCGCGCAGAGGCGCCGCCAUUGCCCAGCUCUGUGAGGAGGAAGAGCUUAAUCAUUCAUCAAGGGAGGGAACGGUUAGGGAAGAGAGCCGGAAUAGCAACGCUUCGGGAACGGUGAUUGCGGUAGGGGGGGCCCAGACGCCGAUACAAACUUCUUUUUCUCCUCCACCACGAGCGGCAAACAGCAGCAUGAGCACAGCGCAAAUGCCCCGGCCACAACUGAGUCCUAUCGUUACCCAGGGCUCAUUUACCAACAACAGGUAUAACCACCUGCCUGUGACGGUAAUACCAGCUCCACCACGGCAAGACCCAGCCAGAGCACCGUCGCAGCCGCAGUCACCGUCGCUAGUUGCUCUGGGUAAGCAACCAGCGAGAAGCGACUCCUCAACGACACCGUCUCCUUGACACGGCUGGCACGCCUUUUCUAUCUAUCAUCCUUGGGUAUUUUUGGGAUUGUUUCUACCAUUUUUCUAUAGGAGAUACCACAUGUUACUGCAUUGUUUCGGCGUCUAGCGAGGAUCAAAAAAGGGCGUUUAGGAUGGAAGGUCGUAGGUGAGGUAGUCAUCAUCACCGUCGGAAUGUCCGGGGCCCGCGGAAGGAAGAAGUGAGAGGCUAUAUGGUAUAUGUGUGGUUGUACAUUCAAUGGCAACUUCCUUGGAUGUUCACUAUGCUUUCUCACUGAUUGAUGGCAUUUUUGAGGUACCUACAGUACCCUCUAUGAAGGAUUCAUGAAUUUUGGUUGAAGUUGCCCUGCCAAGUUCUGUCUGCAAUUCGUUUGCGCGCUUGGGUCAUAUCAAAGGAUGG